AUGACAUCGGCAACCCUGUCGUCCGCCGAGUUCGACAGCUCCGCUGCUCUCGGUCCCACGCCGGUGUGGGACGAGGAGUUGGCCAUGAUAGCCAAGCGUUGGGCAGAGCAAUGCACCGUCGCCCAUGACAGCAACAGGGACACUCAUCGCUUCAACGUGGGUCAAAACGUGGCAGCGACCUGGACGUUCAACCGCGAGCCGCGAAUGGGACGGAGCCCCCAGUGGAUGAGACACAUCGACGCCUGGUUCAUGGAGGUCAUGAACGUCGGCUUCAACCCGGGCCACAUCGACCGAUUCCAGUUCAAUAAGCCAGCCGGGCAUUACACGCAGGUCUGA